AUGGUGGAAGGACCGGGCUGUACUCUGUACGGAGAGAAGAUUCGGGCGCGCUUGCGCCGGGGCCAGGCGGUGAUGGACGUGCGGGGCAGCGCCCUGCCGAGCCUGGUGGGCCCCGGCCUGCCGCACGCUGCCUCGGGGGCGGCGGAGCCCUCCCAGGCCGCCCCACUGGACAAGAACCACGGUCCCAGCCAGCGCUCCGUGAGACUGUUUAACGGACACGCCUACAGCGGUGUGGACACUCUGGGGAAGGAGCUCUUUCUGUACUUCGGGCCCAAAGCUUUGCGGAUUCAUUUUGGAAUGAAAGGCUCCAUCUCGAUUAAUCCACUUGAGUCUCAGAACAAGAGUGGAGUUUCUCCUGUGUUGGAGUUGCAGCUCAGCAAGGAUUUGAUUCGUUUCUUUGACUCAUCGGUAGAACUCAGAAACUCAGCGGAAAGCCAACAGAGAAUAAGAAUGAUGGAAGAACUGGAUGUAUGUUCACCUAAAUUUAGUGUCUCCCGAGCAGAAAGGGCAGUGGAGAGGCAGCAGGGACGGAUGCUCUGUGAUGUGUUAAUGGACCAGAGAGUACUGCCCGGGGUCGGCAACAUCAUCAAAAACGAGGCUCUCUUUGACAGUGGUCUCCACCCAGCUGUUAAAGCUUGUCAGUUGACAGAGGAACAAACCCAUCACCUAGUGAAAAUGAUACGUGAUUUCAGCCUUCUUUUCUACAGGUGCCGUAAAGCAGGGCUGGCUCUCUCUCAACACUAUAAGGUUUACAAGCGUCCUUACUGCGGUCACUGUGGCUGCAAAGUAACAGUGUGUCGCUUGGGGGAGAAUAACAGGAUGACGUACUUCUGCCCCCGCUGUCAGGAGGCAGAUCCGCGGCGUGUUGACAUAAGCAAGCUGCCGGCUAGAAACAGCGCCGUCAGCGGGACGCCCCGUGGACGGGACCCCCUUCUGGACCCAGGGGCUGGGGACCGUGCCGAGCACUGGACCUGUGGGGUCUGCACGCUGGUGAACAAGCCUCCUUCUCGGGCGUGUGAUGCCUGCCUGGCUGCAAGGCCUCCCGAUGCACAACUCAAGAAUGGAGGAAAUUCUGCUGCCUUCGGCAGCUUAGUGAAGUACCCCUGCAACAGCUUUGGGAAGCCAAGCUCACAAGUGAAGGUCAACAGGAAAACUGUGUUCGGAGCCACAACCCUCGUCCUGACUGACUUCAGCAAUAAAUCCAGUCCUCGGGAAAGAAAGAAAAGCCCAAACUGGAUGCCAGGUGGGGCAUCUCAGAACCCUGCUCCCACGGACGGCUGUCCCCGUGGUACACCUCACCCCUCCCCGGAGGGCGCGCGCAGUACAACCCAGCGACCCACGCUCUGCUCUCCAUCUACACUGCUUGGUCCAGCACGCGAAACACCGACCCCAGCCCCGUGCUCAUCACCGGGUCCCGGAAGUCACAGCCCUGGACGUCCUAAAAGGGAGCUGCGGGUACCCGGCGCGGAGGGCGCGGGGGCGCGGCCAGCUGGCCCCCCUCGCUGCCGCGGGCAUGGCCGGCCCUGCGCUCUGCGCGUGGUGAGCAAGGACGGCGAGAACAAGGGCCGGCGCUUCUUCGCGUGUCCUCUGCCCCGAGGGGCGCAGUGCGGGUUCUUCGAGUGGGCCGACCUGUCCUUCCCAUUCUGCGGCCAUGGCAGACGCUCCAUCAUGAGAACGGUGUUGAAGAUGGGACCCAACAAUGGGAAGAACUUUUUUGUAUGUCCUCUUGGUAAGGAAAAGCAGUGCAAUUUUUUCCAGUGGGCAGACAAGGAGCCGGGAAUAAACACCACUCCGGGAUGCUAGUAUUUUCUCCCUCCGCAGAAUCUCUGGCUUUUCAUCUCUUCAAACUGCAUGUGUUUAGUUCCCUUUAGUUUACC